CGGGGUGGGGCGCAGGGUUGGGAACGUCAAAGCCCUGCGUCCUCCUGCACCCAGAGCUGAGGAAAGGCGCGCGCCCGCGCGCGCGCGCGGCGGCGGCGGCGCCGGCGACAGCAGCCCAGGGGACCGGCACCGGGCAGCGGGAAGCUGACGUACGAAGGAACGUGAGUGAGGCGCGAGGGCGGCACCCGAGCCCGGGAAGCCCGGCUCGGCGCGAACCGCGGCAGACCAGACCCAGGUCCAGGCUUCCGAGGCCCCGCCUCUUGGGCUUUGGGACUAAUCGGAUUGAGAGCGCGCCGGCCCGGGCCGCGAACUCGCCAAUUGCGGAGGGCGUCGGCCACCGCCCAAUCCGAAGCAGACAGGUGCGAGGUCCGGAAGGCGGAGACCAAUCAGCAGCGGUUGCGGCCUGUUGGGGCCGGUCUCGGCCAAUGAGAAGGCCCGAGUGACAUCUUCGCGCGCCAAUCGGGAGUGAAGGAGCGUUCCUGCCCGCCCGUCCUUCCGGCCUGAGCUCUAUUUACCAGGGGCGUGCUGCCGGCUUGCCAAUCAGAGCGCGGCUGAGCGGCCAGGCAGCCAACCCGGGAGGAGCGGCCGGCCGGCGUCUGCCGCACCCAGGAGUUGGGGAUGUCCUACAAACCCAUCGCCCCCGCCCCCAGCAGCACCCCCGGCUCCAGCACCCCUGGGCCCGGCACCCCGGUCCCUACAGCCGGAAGUGUCCCAUCGCCGUCGGGCUCGGUGCCAGGAGCCGCUGCCCCUUUCAGACCACUGUUUAACGACUUUGGACCGCCCUCCAUGGGCUAUGUGCAGGCAAUGAAACCACCUGGCGCCCAGGGCUCCCAGAGCACUUACACCGACCUGCUGUCGGUCAUAGAGGAGAUGGGCAAAGAGAUCCGGCCCACCUAUGCUGGCAGCAAGAGCGCCAUGGAGCGCCUGAAGAGAGGCAUCAUCCAUGCCCGGGCCCUAGUCAGAGAGUGCCUGGCAGAGACAGAGCGGAACGCCCGCACGUAACAGGACUCGACUCCGCCUCAGCAUCUGGACCUUUCCUGGCCACUGCAGAGCGCCUGUUUCUCCCUGGCCUUCACCCCGAGUUGCACUUCCCAUCCUGGGCGUCCUGUCCUGUGUCCUUUGGUGGGUGCCUUCCAGGAACCAGUGGGCGGCUCUCACUCCAGUCGGCAGCACUAACUGGAAACCCCCAAAAGAGUUAGCAGCGAGGUCACUGUGAAUCCCACCCAUGACCUGCCAACAGUGUUGAUCCAACUGGAGCUUUCUCCUUUCUGUGGCCCCCACCACUCAGCACUUACCAGGACUUCUCACCACUUUUCCCAGACCCCUUCUCCCCAGCAGGGCCUCAGAAGGCCUGUCGCCUCCCUGCCCUGUCUCCUGGGCCAUGGCGACUCUUUUCUCAGUGUGUCUUUUGCUAAAUAUGCCCUUUUUGUAUAAAUAAAAGAUAAUUUGGAGUUGUUCUCUUA